AACCUCGCCCUCGUCCCGUUCCUCAUCCCCACUUGGCACCCGGCAGCCCGCCGGGGGCUUCUUGCCCUUCCUGCUGCUGGGAGCUGCAAGCAGGGCCAUGCCGUGGCUUCUGAGCAAGAAGCGAUGGCAGUCGCCAUCCAGCAGCACCAGUGGGCAGCCCUGGGCUGCCACCAGCUCCAGCAGCACCUCCCAGCUCCGGGAGCAGGGGCUGGGCAGGCUGCACCGCGCGGCCGCCUGCGGCGACCUGGGCUGGCUGAGGCGCUGGCGCUGGUACGUGAAGGUAGUCGGCAUCGACAGGCCAGACCAGGAGAUGCGGACACCUCUACAUCUGGCUUCGGCCAACGGCCAUGCAGAUGUCGUCAGAUAUCUGCUAAGAAAGAACAGCCAGCCCAACCUCGCUGACAACUUCAAGAGGACGGCCCUGAUGAAGGCAGUCCAGCAGGAGCAGGAAGAAUGUGUUGCUGUUCUGCUGGAACACGGUGCCGACCCGAAUCUGGCAGACGCUGAUGGCAACACUGCCCUUCACCUGGCUGUCCUCUCUAAAAACACAGCUGUAGCAGGGCUGUUACUGGAGCAUCAUGCCAAGAGUGAUGCUCAGAACCAGUGGGGAUUUACCCCCUUCAAACUUGCAGCCUUGCAACAGCAUGAGGAGAUUCUGGAGUGCCUUGUGAAAAAAGCAGCUGACAGGCAUGCUCAAGCCCAGGGGGAAAGGACUGCUCUUGUGGUUCCUGGAAGCCAUGAGGCUCACCUGGAGGAAGAUAAUCUGCGCUUGCAGGAGGAGUUGGACAGGGCUGAUGUGGAGCUGCAGGAGGAGGAAGAAAAGCAUCUUCAGUCUGAGCAUUGUGUUCCUGACUUGAAGACUGCCUUGGAUGACAAGGAAAGAGAGGAAAUAACUUCUUCCCAGAAUCUGCAGGACCUCCUGUUGGCAUCUUGUGAGACCAAUCCGACUGUAAAACAACUGGAAGAAGACGCGCAACACUUUGCAAGUGAAAACAACAGAUUGGAAGCCACUGUCCAGCAGCCAAGCGAUAGCGUUGAAGCCCUUCCGAGAGCCCUGCAAGCCUCUGCCUCAGGUGGUGAACUUUCCCAGCAGCUGGACAUGGAGCCUAGAACAGGCAUGCAGCCAGAGGCCCCAAACCAGGCUUUGCAAGAAGAGCUGUCCACUCUGCUUGGGAAGUGUGAAAAAGUGGAGAAGAGCAAAUGUCAGCUGCAAGAUAAGGUGACCAAACUCCAUCAUCAUUUGGAGACUUUGGUGCUGGAUGGCAGCCAAAGAGAACAAUGUCAAAGAGAGGUGGAAGAACGAGCUGAGCAGGAAAGAAGUCAAAAGCUCCAAGACGUCAGCCUCGUUUUGCAAGCACAGGCAGCCUACCAGGCCCCACUAGGACAAACUGGAGACAGUCAUUGUGAUUCCGUGAGAAUCCGGUUGGAAGAAAGAAUUAGACAUCUCCAAAGUGAAUUGGACAGAGUCAAAAAACCCAACAAGAGAGUGCUUCUCGUAAAGAAGCAACGCAGGGAGAGAUGGAGAUGUACAAAGAGCUGUAUGUGGAGGAAGUGAAAACCAGAAGAUGCCUAGCCAGGAAACUG